GCGAACACUCKCGAUUAUAAUUUGUUUUUCAUGAAGUUAUUGAAACGUUUCCUGCCGAGACAUUUUCUUUGGAAGUUGRGACGCACUUAGUCUUGUGAUUAAUAAUUGAUAACUAUAAAAAUUAUUUGAUUCUUGUUUGUCAUGAUCAACUAACGAAGUGUAUGCCUCUAAAUUAAUAUCGAAAAAAAGUGUCAGGGAACUAAUAAUUUGGCAACAUGGAAGAAUCAAACUAUAUCAUGAAUAGCAGUAUUAUCAGCCUAGUUGUCUUGAUCAACUUAAUGCUGCUGAAAACAACACUGGCCAAUAAGUGUGAUGCUGCAUCUUAUCAAGUGUCUAGAAAGGUGCUACGUCUUCACGUGAUCCAGUCCUUUCCUGGUACCAGUUCUAUAGUCAGCUGUCUUGACCAUUGUGAAGACAACUUGUCAUGUCACAGCAUCAACUGGUACAGUAWKACAGGUCUGUGUCAGCURAACAACGGUACUCACCUCUCCUACCCUGAGGGUCUUGUGMCAGACUCGACUGGAAGCUACAUGCUGUACAGCCUUCGCCCUAUGGUUACCUGUARUAACAMRUUUUGCGGUAAUGGACACGUUUGUCUGAUGGAAAAGGAUGGAAUCAACUAUCAUUGUCAAUUGAGGUGCAAUACGACAUACGCGUUGGGGAUGCAAGAUAAACGUAUUCAAGAUGCGCAGAUUACAGCGUCAUCCACGUGGGGGGGCAACGUCCAUCAUGCACCUUAUAAUGCCCGGUUACACUCAAAGUUGCAUGCUGGUGCCUGGUGCGCAAAGAGGAAAAUUGCCGGCGAGUACCUUCAGAUUGAUUUGAAGAAAAGACACGGAAUUAGUAAAGUUGCCACUCAAGGAAGAGAAUUUGCUCUUCAAUGGGUAAAGAAAUACUACCUUCAGUACAGUCAAGACGGCAGCAACUGGAAAUCGUACAAAUAUGGAGGCGCUGUGAAGCAUUUUCAAGGUAACUCUGAUAAGAAUUCAGUCGUUUCCCACAAGCUUCCACCUGAUUCAAUAAUUCUAACAAGAUUUAUCAGAUUUGUAGUACUGGAGUGGCAUAGACACAUAUCCAUGAGGGUAGAGAUAUAUGGAUGCGAUAUUCCUUAGGUAUCAACAUGGAACAUGGAAACAGCAUAGCUUUACAGUGAGCUGCAGUGUAUUUCUUUAAUUAUUAGAACGUUAGUAAAAGUGUUCCCAGGGACUGCAACAGUUACACAUUGAUUGUAGACUCAAAUAUAAUGUUUAAAUACAUCCUCGGGAACCCAGGGGUAAUCUUCUGUCGUUCGUUCCUCACUCCCAGAAAAAUUUAAAUAAUACGUAUAAAUCCAACCUCUUAAUAACUUAUAAGUUGUGAAUUGCACUAGAUAUGAUUUGAUUGAUAUUUUUUUUUUUUCGAGGUAAAACAAGUAGSUUGAGUAAGGAAGUGUCCGAAGAAUUUGGGCAUCAGACGUUCCGCCUUUGAGAGCCAUGGUAUAUUAACCUCCUAGCAACCAAUGUUUGARGAGAUCACACGAAUUCUUACUCUACAGCGUAUAGAAGUAUGAUAAAUAUUUAAUGAACAGUGGUUCAAAGGAGAUAUUUGAUGCAAAAGAAACAUGUUAGCACAACGAUUAAAAAAUAUAUUACGCAAACAAACUUAUCAUUAUAAAAAACUUUUUAAUUUAAAAAUCUCGUCUAUUUACAAAUGUACGAAGUGGAUAUUGACAUUUUCCAGUUAAAAUUGAUAACAUUGAUUGAUAACAUGAUGAAUUAUUGAAAGUAUGGAAU